CCAAGCUAAUCAUACAGUACUUAUUCUUUCUCCAAGGGGCAUUGCUGAAAUUUCUUCAUCCCGCUCUACCAAGUGUUGUCUCUGGUGCUACUGAAGGGCCAUCAACAUCGUCUUCGUCACAUGUUUAUGAGGAGGAGCAAGUGGAAGACAACAUUGCGACGUCCACACCACUUCCCAGCAGUGGUUCAACAGAAGCAGUGCCAUCAACUCCAUCACGACUUGAGGAGGAGCAAGUGGAAGCAUCCACACCACUUCCCAGCAGUGGUUCAACAGAAGUGCCAUCAACUCCAUCUCCACUUCAUGAGGAGGACAAAGAGGAAGAUGACAUUGACAUGGCAGAGACCACCCCACCAUCCAGAACUGGGGUACCUGUAGGUAUUGCAAGCACCACAUUAAGUGAUGACCCAGGAUGUUGGCCCAGUGUCCUAACAAGCAGUAUGCGCUGUGAAAUAGUCAAAAAAGGACCUGUGCAAAUCAUGGACAUUGAAUUCCCGCAAAACUUAGACAAUCCUCCUCGAAGAUUCACCAAGGACAGUUACAAAAGAACCAUGAAAAAUGGUGAGAAUAUACAUCGAUCGUGGCUGGUGUAUUCCAUCCACACAGAUGGAGUGUUCUGUUUCCCUUGUACUGUUUUCGGGAAGCGUGAGCGUGACAAUGCCUUAACGACCUGUGGCUACGGUGGAUGGAAGAACCUUUCCUAUCGCCUAAAAAAACACGAGUGCACAAAGGUGCACUGUGACAAUGUGAAAAAGUGGCACGACCUUCAGAGGAGACUGCAAACCAGUACACUGAUUGAUCAAAGACAGAUGGAGUUGAUGCAACUUGAAGUUGAACACUGGAAAGGCGUGAUUCGGAGAGUGAUUGCCAUAGUUUCCCAUCUGGCAGAACGCAACCAGGCUUUGAGAGGAACUACCAGUACCGUGUAUGAUCGCCACAAUGGGAAUUUUCUGGCUCAAGUGGAACUCCUAGCACAGUUUGAUCCGGUAAUGAAUGAACACAUCAGACGAAUACAAUGCAAAGAGACAAAGGUGCAUUACCUGAGUGGAGUCAUUCAGAACGAAAUCAUUCAGCUGGUCGGAGACAAAAUCCUACAGGAGAUUGCAAGAAGAGUGCACAAAGCAAAAUACUUCUCCGUGAUCAUGGAUUGCACUCCUGACAUCAGCCACAAGGAACAACUUUCUGUUGUUCUCAGGAUUGUCAACUGUGAAACACCUGUUUCUAUUGCUGAGCAUUUUUUGGGAUUUGUACAUGUUGAAGACACAACUGGUAAAGGGCUCAGUGAAAUCCUGCUUGACCAGUUGGAGAAGCACAACCUCAGCAUUUCAGAUUGCCGUGGGCAGUCAUACGACAAUGGCAGCAAUAUGAUGGGCCACAAACAGGGUGUGCAGGCAAGAAUUUUAGAGCUGAACAACAAGGCGCUAUGCAUCCCAUGCAGCAGUCACACACUAAAUCUGGUUGUGUCAGAUGCUGCCAAGUCUUCAGUGUUGUCCAUGUCUUUUUUUGGUAUGCUGCAACGACUGUACAACCUUUUCAGUUCCUCUGUGCACCGCUGGGCAAUUUUGAAGCAGCAUGUGAAGCAGCUCACCCUUAAGCCACUUUCAGGGACGAGAUGGGAGGCCCGAAUUGACAGUGUGAAGGUAGUGCGGUACCAUCUACCUGAAAUACUAGACGGACUGUCAGCACUGGAGACAUAUGCUACAGAGAAGGGGGACUCAGAGACCAUGUCCUCAGCAAAAAGCUUACAUGGUGAGCUUAAAACAUGGUCCUUUCUUCUGUGCACAAUAACCUGGUACAACGUUUUGUAUCAGGUUAACCAUAUGAGCAAGCUCCUCCAGAGCCCGGAUGUUUCAAUGCAAACACUGAAAAAAGAAACCGAGGGAGUGACAGAGUACCUAGAAGAUUUCAGGGAAAAUGGACUCGCAUCAAGCCAAACGGAUGCAAUGGAGAUUGCAGAAGAUCUGGAAAUUGAGAGGAAAUUGCCUGAGAAAAGGCAACGUAAAAAGAAAAGGCAGUUCCUUUACGAGAGUACAGAUGAAACCCAAUCGACCCCAGAAGAGGCCUUCAGAAGGGACUUCUUCCUGCCUUUGGUUGACACUGCCAUCACCAGCCUAAAAGACAGAUUUUCCAGACUGGAGGGGGUGUAUGCCCUGUACGACUUCCUGUUCAGCAUUGAUAUCAUGAGGGCCACAAUCAAGACUGGGAAAUUGCAUGAGAGAUGCAGGAAAGUGGAACAAACCCUCCAUGAUAUUGAUGCAGACGACUUGGCAUUGGAGAUCAACUCUGCUGUCCACACCUUUCCAGAUGAAGUAUCCAGGUGCCCAUUUAAAAUGCUGGACUACAUAUACAGUGAGAAGCUGUUGGACCUGUACAGCAAUUUAAGCAUUGCACUGCGCCUACUUCUGACCCUUCCUGUCUCGGUUGCCUCCGGAGAGAGGAGCUUUUCAUCUCUGAAGCGCAUAAAGAAUUACAUGAGGUCAACUAUGAGCCAAGAGAGGCUCUCUGGACUGGCACUCAUGUCAAUUGAGAGUGACGUCCGCAGGUCUUUGGACUUGGAGGGGAUUGUGUCUGCAUUUGCUGAGGCCAAGGGCCGCAAGCAGCAGUUUCAGUAGGAAAUAAAAAAAAUAAUAAAGGCUACUUUUCAGUGUAUGUUUGACCUCUUUUGUGAUUAAAACGCACAGAAUUGCGGAAAUUUUUUUUUUAAAGGCCCCCAACAACUUCUUUGCCUAGGGCCCCCAAAAUCCUAGA